CUUGGGAUGCUAUUCUUUCAAGUACUGCUAGCAUUCGUUAGCAUCAAUAGCGCCAAGAAAGAUAUUUUCAGCCACAAAGUGUCCAUAACGACUCCAUUGGCUGUAACGAACCACAAAUUUACAUUGAAUGCAAGUACGAUUGUCAACAAGCUCGAUCAUUUCUGGAAAAGCACUGGAUUUUGUCCUCCAGAUCCACAUAGCGAAUUUCAUAAAUUCAUGGCAACAAAUGACAUGGCACAGAAUUUGGUUUAUGUGGGGUCGGUUCCAAAUCAGGGAAUCAGUCAAGUCAGGAUUCACUUUUUGCUUGACCUUGUUUCAAUGUAUUCAUGCCAAAAUGGCUCGUUGGUAUUCUCCUUUGUGCAUCUUGAUGAGGCGUURGAUAUGCUUGUGAAAGACAAUCGUCUUAGACCUGGCUUUGAGUURAUGGGAAAUCCAUCAAACUAUUUUACAGACUUUGACGAUGAUAARCAGAUCUACGACUGGAUGAAACUGAUAAAAGAGCUUAGCCUUCAUGUGAUUGAUCGGUACGGUUUGGAAGAGGUCUCACAGUGGAAUUUCGAGUCAUGGAAUGAACCGUUUAGUCGUAUAGCCUUUGUUGGUUUAAACGUAUCGCUCCAAGGCUAYCUGAACUACUACGAUGCUUGCUCCGAGGGACUGCGCAUGGCAAAUCCAGCAUUACGACUUGGUGGACCAGCCACAGGGAACCCGCUGUAUCAUCAAAAAUCAUCCAAGAUUUUCUACACGUUUCUGCAACACUGCUAUGACGGCGUGAACUUCAUCACUGGCGACAAAGGAGUCCGUCUAGAUUUCAUAUCCUUUCAUAUCAAAGGUCAAGGUCUCUCAUCCGAUAUCUUGGAAACAGAGCAGGUUGUCCUUGAUCAGAUUCAGCGACAGUUUCCUAAGUUUGCUGCUAUUCCUGUGUACAAUGACGAAGCGGAUCCACUUGUUGGCUGGGACAGGAGUGAAGAAUGGAGAGCUGACGCGCGAUAUGCUGCAAUGGUUGUCAAGAUCAUUGCACAACAUCAGAAUCGUUUAAUUCCAAAUAAGCAAGUUUAUAAGCUUCUAAGUAACGACAAUGGCUUCAUGAACUACCACCCAUCUUACUUUACACAAAGAACGUUGUUAGCGCGUUUCCAGAUGAAYCUAACUCACCCCCGUAAGGUCGAGUUUAUCAAAAAGCCAGUUCUGGGUGCAAUGGGACUUCUCGCUUUACUAGGCGACCAGCAGGUUUUAACUGAGAAGUACAGUCAGGAUCAACAGGMAACAGCAUACGACGAUGUUGGUAUCAUUGCUUCAGUUGUCCAUAACACRGCUACAGCUUCACACGACUGGGAGCUUUCUGCCUUGAUCUACAACAGUAACGACACAACCAACAAAACUGGGUUAGCUGUGGUCGAUGUCAGUGUCUCCGGGAUCCCUGUGGUUGAUGAUAUAUUGUACGUCAUCUAUAAGAUUGACAAUUACCAUGGCAACCCUUAUGCGUUAUGGAGGAACAUGAAGUCUCCAGUUUUUCCGACAGAAGAUCAGUUUCGAGAGCUUCGUUUGCAUCAGGAGCCUGUGCGAACAGUUGGACCUCUUCCUCCUGCAAURGURUCUGGGAUUUCCAUUCUUAAGUUACAACUACCGCUCCCUGGUGUCGCUUUGUUGCAUUUUUGUARAAAAMCACUUACCMCACCAUCCCAGGUGAACAAAGAGCCGYUAACAUACAUCUUGUUCUAUAGAACUAGCUAUAAUGUCAAAGGAUKGCUUUUACUAAAAAGUGUUUCUAUUCAUUUUAAGCCAGUCGAUGCUUCAGCGCUCAGAAUCUCCAGUAAUGAGGUCCUGGUUCACUGGAAACACGACAAUGCAAAGUGUAUAAAAACCUACCAAGUGUUAYACUCUAAUGCUGAAGAAGGUCCAUAUAAUGUUGUCAAUGAAGUUGACCUGAUUUUCUGGGCUUUUCUCCAUGUGAUUUCCUCAGAAUCCAGAGAGAAAUUACGAGAUCAUAGAUGUAGCACGUGGUAUAAAGUCMGAGCGGUUGACUACUGGGGCCGAAUUGGCGAGGAAUCACGUCGAAUUCCUGCACCUCAAAGCCCUGAAAACCAACAAACUAUAUGAGGCGAAAACGAGCUUGUGCUCCACUCGACUCAGAUUGUGCGCGAUAUAACUUCAACACAGCUAGCCGAGAAGUAAUUAAAUUCAGYUUCUAUAAACAAAUAUACAUUCCCAUAUUCCUUAGCAGU